CAUGUCUCACGCACUAUUACGAUAUUUACGCUAGGACGUUUUAAAAGUUGAAGAUACAGUUGAGGUUAAGAUCAACUUCUUAUCUGUGGUCAUAAGCCAAUUGAUUGAUAAAGACAAUUCUAUGUCUGCUGACGCUUAUAUCACCUUCGAAUGGAAUGAUGUGCAACUGACUUGGGAUCCAUCGAAGUACGGCGGAAUCAAUAAGAUCAAUCUCCCCUUCUAUAAAGUCUGGGAACCUGAAAUCAUUCUUUAUGAUAAUCGGGCCGUGACUGGUCAGCUGGUGGACUCGAGACAGGUGAGCGUCUCUAGCGACGGUCGAGUUGAGUGGACUCCACAGUUGAGGAUGGAGGUCUACUGCACCAGUAACUAUCGGGCCUUCCCGUACGAUGAACAAGUUUGUCAGUUCUUUUUCAUGUCGCACCUUUAUGAGAGGUCGUACGUGAAGCUACUGCUACAGGGCAAGGAGGAACCCAUGAGUAGGGACGCCUGUACCUCCGUGCACAAUGAGUGGGAGGUCAUCAGGUGCACCCCCUACAUCGAGACGAUGGUCUACACGCACGGCAACGAACACGACUGGCUCGGUCUCAUUGUUUCAGUCAGGCGGAAAUAUGUGUACCAUGUGUACGUGUUGAUCGUUCCAACAGUCAUCAUCGUCUUCCUCAUCCUCUCCAUCUUCUGGAUUCCGCACUACAGCAACCAGAGAUUUUCAUUUGCCGGGGGGAUGCUUUUUGUGCUACUGCUGAUGAAUUUCUUGGUGCAAGAAUUUCUACCAGUUGGUUUGGGCAACGUACCUAGAGUCGUGUCAUACACACUGUACGCUCUCCUCCUUCUCUCUCUCACCACCAUCCUCUCCCUGGCCACUCACUAUCUCUACUUCACCGAUCCGAAGCACAAGCCCGUUCCAGAAUUCUUGAAAACCAUUUUCUUUCGUGACGUCAUCGCCAUGAUAACUGGAGUGAGUGCUGACGUCAUCAUCGCCAGCGAUCCAAUCAGCAGCUCCUUCGACAACAAAUCCUGGGCAACCGCCAACAAAUCAACGAGCUUGAUUGCCGAGCAAAACGGAACCGGAAACGAGGUUAGCGGAGUUACCGAAAAACUCCUAGAAGAAAUUCACAAAAACCUGGACGCACUCACUUCCGGCCAGAAGUCACGUGUCCUGGAUAAUGAAUGGAAGCAGUUAUCUAUGAUCUUUGAUCGUCUACUCUUUUACUUCUUCCUGUUGGUUAACAUUGUGGUCACGUCUGUUUUGUACGGUCAGAGUUUUGCCAGAAAUGAUGUCGAUGAUGUCAAGGCCUUGAAUAAAUUCUUCGAAGAUUACGAUAAUUAUUGAUACUGUCGCUGUUGAUAUCAUUCUAUUGUUGAUAUCAUAUCAUCACAAUUGAUACUAGUGACUAUUAAAAUAAUUAAUAAAACGAUUACUAUUAUUACGACCAAUACUACUACCUAUGUUGCGUUGCUGGAGCUACUGCUGCUACUAACGUUACUAGCAUUACUACUACUACUACUACUACUACUACUGCUGCUGCUGCUGCUGCUGCUGCUGCUUCUACUACUAAUCUUACUACAACUACCACUACAACUACUACUAUAAAACAACAAUUACUACUGCUAUCUUUAACAUUGAUUAUAAAUUACUAUCAGUAACGCUAGUGUCAGUAUUUCAAAUGGUAGAUUACUAGCUUGUCGCGAACUUACGUAAUUAACCCAUCAGGUCAUAUGUAUUUAUGUAUUUAUUAAUUAAUUUAAAGUUUAAAACCAAUAAAUAUUUUUUU